AUGUUUGGAAUCCGAUUCUCGCGCUGGUACUUGUUCGUCGCUGCUUUUGCUGUGCAAGUCUGUCUCAGUUGCAUCUAUGCUUGGUCAGUACUGAAUCAACCUGUCGAUUUCGCCAUCUACGGUGAUGCCACAAAAGGCCGAGCAGUCAACACCUUUUACAUUUGCUUGGGAGUGUCCGGUAUCACAACAGCUGCUCUCGGUCCGAUCAUUGAGCGUAGGGGACCCCGCUGGGCUGUAUCCGUUGGUUCCACCUUGUUCUUGAUAGGUCACACCAUCACGGGAAUCGGCUGCCACUACAAGUGCAUCACUUGUGUUUACGUCGGCUACGGGGUCAUUAACGCCAUCGGAAUGGCGAUGUGCUACAUUUCAACCGUGUCCACGCUUCAGAAGUGGUUUCCAGACUACCGCGGAACUGCCGCUGGCUUUGCCGUUGCUGGAUCUGGUGCUGGGGCAGCAAUCUGGAGCAAGGUGUACCUACCGACGAUCAAUGCAGUGGGUCUCCCUUGGAUGUUUGUCCUGCUUGGAAGCAUCAUGAGUGCUAUCAUGUACGCAUCGACUAUCGCCAUGCGCGUCCCACCUCCAGAUUUCACUGUGAACGGCCUGAAUAUCCACGGUGACUGUGUCGAGCUCAACGAUGCUCUCGACGAAAAGCUCGAUGACACUUACAGUGCACUUCAGACACCCAAAGCUGGAGAGACUGCUAACUUUGAUGCAACCGUCUCGAAGCUACCAGCCAACCUUUUGUCACUCAAGCAGGCUGUGCUGACACCCGAUUUCGUCUUCAUCAACCUCAUGGUCUUUGCGAACCAGCUCUUUGGCGUCAUCGUGUUAUCUCGACUAUCGAGCAUGUGCACUGACCUUUUCGGUAAAAGUGCCACCACGGCGUCCGACAUCGUGUCCAUCAACAGCGCGUUCAAUUGCUGUGGUCGCCUAGUAUUCUCAUCUAUCUCGGAUUUGCUCGUGAAAUGUUUUAGCGUGGAGAAAGCGUUUGCGCGCAAGGUCAUCUAUUUCUUCACGCUAGGCGCCCAGAUCAUUGUCAUUGGAUCCUUGCCUACCGUGAUCCGCCGCGGAGACUUCUCGUACUUUGUCAUUGAGAUGUUCGUGCUGACGUCGUGCUAUGGUGGCGGCCUCGGGACGAUCCCAGCUCUGAUUACGGACAUGUUUGGUGCCUUUAACGUUGGCCCGAUGCAUGGCAUUGUUUUCCUAUCCGUGUCAAUUGGUGCUGUUAUUGGUGGACUAACCUUCAACUUCUCCUACCGUGACAUGAUUGAUGAUGGCAUGAGCACAAGCGAGGCGUACAUUGACAACAUCCUAGUGAUCCUGGUCAUCGUCUGCAUUGGAUUCGCCAUGCUCUUCCUGGUGCGUACGAACGAGUCGGACCGGUUCGAACCGGGUUACCACUACUCAGUAUGUGGCAAGCGUGUUCUGAGCAUUCCAGCUAAGGAAAAGUUCGCGGCAGUGCGAUACCAAGAGACUGCGGAAGUCGAAGCCAGUGUAGCUGAGAAACUGCAUGAUCACGCUGUUUAA